AUCAAAUUUCGCGCCUGUUUUCCUGUCAAUCAAAUUUAAGUCAUUUUUUUAGGCGUUAUUGACAUACUUUGGUUUGUAAGACCAAUAAAAUACCUUCAAGAGCAAGAGAAUAAUUAGCAAUGUUUUCCAAUGUCAACCCUCCACCUGAGGUCAGACAAGCCACAAAGCCACAGGCGCACCGCCUACACUAUGAACCAAACACAACCAUACUUUUGAAACCAGAAAACGACUGGAUGAGGGCUCAGAGAAGACACUUCGGCGACCUGCCGACACUGACUGCCAUCAAAUUUUCUGAGCCUCUGCCACCGAGAAGACAAAUGCGGCUGCAUUUUAGCACCAGAAAUCAGAAAAGGCACUAUUGCGGACUCUAUACGCGGUCGCAUCUAGAUGAAUAUUUCUGAAAUAAAAUUAUAAACAACAGACAACGGAAAAUAUAAUGGAUCAAAUUAAAAAUGUAAAUUUUUACUGAUUGAAUCGAUG